AUGACUCCAACCCACAAGCUUCUGUUAAAGCAAUGGCUUGAAGAAGAACUGAUCCUGAAUCGAAUCGCUCUCAAAGAAUAUUACUCCGAUUCUUCCUCCAAGCGUAGGAAAAGCCUCGACAGAGAUGAUUGCUCAGAGACAUUUGAAUUAGGGUUCAAAGACAAUAGCGAGAAGAAAGAGGGGAAGAAACCAAGACGAUGGAGAUGGAAAUUAUGGGGUUCAUCCACCGCUAUGGAGGAUCCAACAAAGACGACGACGACACUUUCAGCAGAAAAUUCUUCAUUCAACACCACCAAGAAACCAAACUCUGAAACCAACGGGAAGAACAAGAGAGUUGGAGGAGAUGAAUUUGUUCUUGAGAGGAAUGAAGUGCAAGAUAUUCACCAAAUCACACAUAUAGUGGGACUCCUUCGUUUCUACUUGAGGGGGUCUACAUCUGGAUCAUGCAACCAAUCAUGGAUCCCAUCUCUCUGUUCGCUCCUCUGUUCUCUGGGAUUAAUCUGGAUUUUUCGUUACAAGACAAACACAAAAUCACAUCUGGAGAAAUUACUGGAGAGGGAGAAAGAAGAUGGGAAGUUAUUGGGGAAGUGUGUGGAGGAAUUGAAGAAAAAGGUUUGGAGUUUUGAUUUGUUGAAGGAAGUUGAUGCACUUCGAAGGGCUAAAAGUUUGAGGGUUGAAGGUAAAGAAGUGAAGAAAUGGUCAACGAGAGACUCUGUUACUCUGUUUUUCUUCACUGUUUCUUGUUUGGUUCUUGCUCUUACUAGGGUCAUUCUCUGCAAUUGA